AUGGCACCAUUUCAGCAACGCGGAGGUGGUAGUAACAGCAGCACUUUGGCGCAUCAUGGUGAUAUGCUGAGCUUUCCUUCCAGGUGGUUACCGCACGACAUUUGUCAGUCUCUGAAUUCAGUCUUUGCUCCGUACAGAAACAGAACCCUGUCUCUGUCAUCUACCUCUACUGUUCCUUCUUCUCCCGCUUCUGCUUACGAUUUUGGCAACGCUGCAAACUCAAGAAAUCACUUGCCAUCAAGUUCGAUCGGUCCUUCUUCUCACGCCUCUGCUUACGAUUUUGAGACGUCCAGUGGUAACGCUGCGAACUCGAGUGGUACAUCCUCUAUUGGUCCUUCUUCUUACGUUAACGGCUCAAACUCGAGGUUGGGGUAUGGAGAUUACUUGCCACCAGUUCACCUCCAGGGUACAAGCCCAUCUGUGUGGCGUGCGCAAGGAGAAGAUAGUUACAGAUCCAUCCCGCCUCGUGGUCAACAGGAACGGGAGGCUUACUUUGAAAGAAUCAGAACUGACUUAGCAUCAUCAUCUCUGGACCAAACCCAACAACGGCCGAAAGACGAGUAGUAACUUGUACAAAAUCAACCAACUCAGAACUGAUGACUUUCUUUCUUGGGUUUUAGCUUCGUUGUAGGGCUUUUAGCCUUAGAAA